AUGAACCCACGGCCUCUCAUCCGCCUCAGACCCUCCCCGCGGUCUCGCAGCCUCCUCCAACCAUCUACAUACGCCUCCUUCCACACAACGACGCAUCGUAGCCAACCACGGCAACCACCCUCCUCAUCCUCGACCCGGACGUUUCCCACCGUAGAAGAAUGUCCCGCCCCGACGUGUGAGUGCUCGCCCGCGCCAGAUCUAGAAAUCGACCGCAAGAGUAAGCUGGCGGGGGUUUUUGUCCCUUACGUUGAGCAGGUCCUCCCCUACCACAACAUCACCUUCCUAGCCUCCUCAUUCCCCUCAUCCCCCGGCCCUAAUCCAUCAGCUUACCUCCUCCCUUCCUUCACUUACAUCCCCUCCAUCGCCCCCUCUCCAACUUCUCUCACACACCUCUCCAAAUCCCUCCUCCUCCCCGAAACCCUCCACCCAAUCCACGCCUCCCUCCCUCCCGAGUCUCGCGCCCAUCUAACGCGCGACCCUUCCCUUGGAGGCACGGUCCCUUCUGUCCCCGUUAGCGAUGUCAUGAUUCUCAUCUGCGGUCACGGCUCACGCGAUCUACGCUGCGGCGUUAUGGGGCCUCUCCUUCGUGAGGAAUUCCGGCGGGUGCUCUCCCGCGAGGACGGCAUUUCUCUCGUGGAAGAUGAUCAUCCCCCUUCUGAACCGGCAGAGGCGGCAAAGGGGGAUAGUGCGCGCAUGACGGCGAGGGUAGGCCUAAUCUCUCACAUCGGAGGCCACAAGUUCGCCGGAAACGUCAUCGUCUACGUCCCCCCCGGUGCGACGAUCGAAGACGAGGUUGUGGGCUCAAGGAGGAAACAUCCGCUUGCUGGGUGCGGGGUGUGGUAUGGGAGGGUAGGACCGGAGAAUGUGGAGGGAAUCGUGAGGGAGACGGUGAAAGGGGGGAAUGUGAUUUUGGAGCAUUUUCGCGGUGGGUUGGAUGCUGAGAGGAGGAUUUUGAGGGUGUGA